AUGUAUUUCAAGAUUGAAGAUGAUGAUGCAGCAGCAACAGUAUCUAGUUCUGAUGAUCUUGAAACAUUUGGAGUGACAACUCGCUCAAAAAUUUCACCAGAAUGUUCUCAGAAAGUAUCUGUACGAAAGAGAAAGGCAACGAUUGGACAGGCAACAAACUGCAAACAUUUCAAAAGUAAUGAAGCCUUGUGUCCCAAUGCUCAACAUGAAGAAAAGAAAUCAUUGAGAGAUAGAUUGGGGUACAUGAAGAUGGAGUGGGAUGAAUUAAGAGCUGAUAAACUGAAUGGGAAGGAAGAAAUUGUAGAAGAGCUGAUAACUGUUCUUCAUGAACCUGAUCAUAUGAAACAAACUUUUGGUGAAAUUUUUACUGUGUUGGGUGGCAAAAGAAGUCUUGAUCUGUUGAGAGAUACAUACAAUGUAGAGAGGAAUGGAGGCUUAAUGACAUUGAAAGGAGAUAGAAGGCGAACUCCUGGUGGCGUGUAUCUCUAUUUACUGAAAACUUCAUCCUCUCAGCAAGAACAGAAGCUUAUAUUCCACAACAAUACUGAAAGACCCAACAGAAGGUAUUCUUACAAAAAAGUCAAUAAUUCAUGA